AUGACUUCCGCAUUGUCAUACGUGGACAAUCAGACAGACGUGUCAGCACUGUUCACCACCCGGGCUUCAGAGGGAGCUGGUGAAUCAAAUGCAAGCUGCCGCUUUGAUGAGGAAUUCAAGUACAUCUUGCUGCCUGUGUCGUACACCCUGGUGUGUGUCCUGGGGCUGGUCCUAAACUCCAUGGCUCUGUGGAUGUUUGCAUUCAAAAUGCGGCCCUGGAAGGCUGGGACCGUGUUCAUGUUCCACUUGGCCGUGUCCGAUAUGCUGUAUGUGCUCUCCCUGCCCACGCUUAUCUACUACUACGGCAACCGCAGCCACUGGCCCUUCGGUGUGGCUCUUUGCAAGAUGGUCCGCUUCCUGUUCUACGCCAACCUGUACUCCAGCAUCCUGUUCCUUACCUGUAUCAGCGUGCACCGCUACCUUGGCAUCUGCCACCCCAUUCGUUCCCUCAGCACGGUGAAGCCGCGCACCGCCCAGGCGGUGUGCGGCCUGGUUUGGGCAGCAGUCACCGCCUGCCUGGUGCCCAACCUCAUGUUCGUUACCACCAGCCAGCGGGACAGGGACACGCUCUGCCAUGACACCACGAGGCCCCAGGACUUCGAAAGGUACGUGAACUACAGCUUGGCCGUGAUGACCAUGCUGUUCGGCGUUCCCUUCCUGGUCAUCGCGGUGUGCUACUGCCUGAUGGCCCGGGCCCUGUGCUGCUCCAGACGCGCUCUCCCCCCCGGCCGGCACCGAGGCUCUUCCCGCAGGAAGUCCGUCAUGCUAAUCGUGGUGGUGCUGGUGGUGUUCGCGGUGUGCUUUGUGCCCUUCCACGUAACACGUACCCUGUACUACACGUACCGGGUGCUGGAUGCUGACUGCUCCGUGCUGAACAUCGUUAACUUUGCCUACAAGAUCACGCGGCCGCUGGCUAGCGUCAACAGCUGCAUCGACCCCAUCCUAUUCUUCCUGGCCGGGGACCACUACCGCUCCAAACUCAUCCGGGCCCUCACCCGACAGACACCCGCCCGCUCCGUUGCCUCCACACCACUGCCCCCCUCCCUCAGCUGUGACCCUCCUCAGAUAUAUACAAUCCCAGACCAUAAUCCCCACUACCAGCCACAUUUCUAG